AUGUUAGAAGUUAAAGACGACGACAAACUCGUCCCAUGUGACUGUUCAAGUGAUCUUGACUCAUUCGAACGGAUUAGUACCAGGACCCCACAUACUUAUCACUGUGGAAGUCGUAGUAGAGGAGACAUGAGAACUCGUACAAAAGCCAUGGUGGCGGAAAUUCGGGCCGGUCCGAUGACGUCAAUGAUGGCUUUAUCUUCUUCGUGUCUUUGCCCCAAGGAAUCUCUAGACCCUCGGUUUGAAGCGCGUCAGCAGCAAGGAAUGGAAGCCGCGUUAUCGCGAGCUGUAGCUGCUGCCGCUCGCUACGUCGCCGACUCCAAUUCCGACAAUACCGUAGUUUUUGAGGAUGCACUGAAGACUCUCAUUCGUCACCUAGAUGGAGUGGAUCCAAUAGGUCGAUUGUCGUUGUCGAAUCAAUUCGUCACAGAACUACUUGACUAUAGCCCGCACAUUUUGGCCGCAAACACAUCAAGUGCACCAACAAGAUCGAAAUUGCUCCGAUUGCUUUUUAGUUUAGCACUUUAUAAUGUGAGAAUACGAAGGUAUCUCUGUGGUGAGCUGCACCUGUGCGGUCCUGUGUUUGAUUGCUUGAAGUUAUCAUUAAAGGAACAGCUUGGUCCUCAAAAUUUAAUAGAUAUUCUACGAUUACUGCAGGUUCUUACGUAUGAAAAGUGCUUAGUCCUUGGAAUAUGGGCAAAUGAUUUAAUAUCUUUUCUUAUGGGUGAAAUCAUUAGAGAAAUUGAAGUGGAGUGGAUGCCAUAUUGUAUGGCGAUCUUAUGCAACUUAGCUAGACUAUCCAAAUCUGUAUGCGGUAGGAUAAAGAAAUCAUCAUCGUACAAAGCAUUUUCACGGCGUGUCAUCAAAUUACUUUCGCACGACUCACGAAUUGUUGUUGUUUCAUCUCUGGUGCUCGUGGGAUAUUUAGAAGAGAAAGUACGGGAUAUGGUUUACUGCUCUCAGAAUAUCCAUGAAACAUUUCAAUGUGUGUUUAAUGUACUGAUAAUGGGUGACGGUGACUGCUUGAUGACACGACACAUAGCUUCAGAUCUCCUUCGUAGACUUGUGGUCUCUGAAACGCAAAUGAUCUCAUCGGUCCCUGUAAUUACAUCAACUGGAAAAGAUGUGAUGAAUUAUUCGUUUUUCAAUCGUUGCAUCCAACAAACAGCAGAACUAUUUGUCAUAUUGGACCCGAGGCUAGAAGAAACUGUCAAGAUUUACAAUGUGUUAUUGGCGUUCUGUUCGCUCCCUCAGCUUCGUUCACCGGUGUGCUCUGCUAUCUUGAGAUAUGCUCCGACAGAAGCCCGACUAACUACACCCUUAAUGGCUAUUGCUACCACAGCAUCGAUAUCGAUCGAGGAUGCUGUACUCCCAGAAAUACCACUCAAGGCUCUUCGGCUUCUUACGUACCUGAUCAAGGAGAAAAUGGAUAGUGGAGAGCCAAUAUCUGAUAUGCUCGGGAGCGAUCAGUUGUUAUCUCUGAUAGAUUCAUCAGUGAAAACAUCAGUGGAAACAUCGAAACCGGAAGUUAUUAACCAAUGCCAACGUAUUACAGAAGGGCUUCGACUUGCGGAAGUAUGUAGUGCUGAUGAGGAGCUCCGAAAUGGUCUUUUUAAUGUCACCACGGCUGCGUUAUGUGCUCACAUCUCUGAGUCGCAACUGAUCACCAAUCCUGUAGUAGUAUUCAUGGAGAAGCCGCCACCACAACGUUCAGAAAGAAUCGCAGAAUGGAGUAUCCAUGGAGUAGCUGUUGUUUUGGAAUUGCUGCGGUUACUUGCUGCUCUUAAGGAUUUUUCUAAACUACACAAAGAUCAAUACUGGAGAUCAUUGAAAGAUCCACGUCUAGUGUCCUUCCUUGCCUAUGCUGUGUGCUACGGUGAUCAUGAGAUGGUGCACAAUGCUCUCGUACUCUACACUCAUUGCUCGCAACUACAUGCGUUUCCCAGCAGAUGGCUGGGUGAUCUUAUUGCAUCAUGUUCUCAGUCGCGACAGUCUCUUAACGAAACCAGGAUGACUUCUCCCAACCUUUCUACGGAGAUGAGGGCUGGUGAACCUAUGGAUAUAGCAACUUCUCCAGUCAUGAAGCUAUCUCCUGGAAAAAAUUCAAGAGAAAAUGAUUUGCUACUUGAUGACCUUCUGAAGAAGAUUAGGGACGGAUUUAACGUAAAAGAUGCGAAGAUGUCUGAUGUACUGGGUGCAUACGAGAAGAAAAUAUUGUUGCUAGAGAGGCGGCAGCGAGAACUGGAAAUACUGGUGCUGGCGAAGGACCAAGCUCUUGCUCAGAGUGAGAAACUGCGCAUGCAGUUUCGUAGUGGCAAUAGUGAAGCUGAGAUGUCCCGAAUCCGCUCGCUUGUUGCGGACUGUGAAGUUUUACGUGAGAAGUUGAAUGUGACAAACAAGCAGUUGGAGCUCACGCGAGAAUUACUGGAAGAGAAAACCGCAGCUUUUCAGGCAAACAUUGCUCAGCUAACGCGAGAACGCGAUGAUCUGGCUUCUGAAGUUAACCAAGAGAGAGAACUCGUUUUAGCGACGAAUAAGCUCGCUGACGAUCUCAAAAGGAAACUGGAAACAACGUCUUCUGCUCUUGUUGAACGCCAGAAUGAACUCGUUUUACUGAAUCAGGAAAAAGCUCGUUUCGCAGAGUCACUUAAUAAAGUAAGCUCUGAUUUGUCCGCUCUUCAAAAUUUGCAUGCAAACGAAUUGAAGAGAUUGAACGCUGACAUAUUGCUUCGCAAUGAUACAAUAGAUAAAUUAUCACGUGAGGCAGAAGCGAUGCAGGCGAAGUUGUUAUUGAAGGAGCAAGAAUGCGAUGGAUAUUUAAAAGAGCUGGAUUCACUCCGAUGUCAUGACCAAAAAACGCAAGCUGACUUAGAGCGGAUGCGAAAAUUGAGAGACGAAAUGCGUAAACUGACAGAGGGGUUUGACUAA